CCCAGUGUUGAGUGUCUCCAUGGUUCUUAGUCCCCGCCAGCCUUGCACUCUGAGAGCCCGUCUCACCGCUAUGAUUAAAACCAUGGGUCCCAGCGAGACCGAGCUCAGCAUCCCACCCAAAAACUGCUACCGCAUGGUCAUCCUGGGCUCCUCCAAGGUGGGCAAGACCUCCAUCGUGUCCCGCUUCCUGAGCGGUCACUUCGAGGAGCAGUACACCCCGACCAUCGAGGACUUCCACCGCAAGUUCUACAGCAUCCGGGGGGAGGUGUACCAGCUGGACAUCCUGGACACCUCGGGCAACCACCCCUUCCCAGCCAUGAGGAGACUGUCUAUACUCACAGGAGAUGUCUUUAUUUUGGUCUUCAGCCUGGACAACAGAGACUCUUUUGAGGAAGUCCAGCGUCUAAAGCAGCAGAUCAUUGAGACAAAAUCCUGUCUAAAGAACAAGACCAAGGAAAAUGUGGAUGUCCCUCUUGUUAUCUGUGGCAACAAAGGCGACAGGGACUUCUACAGGGAGGUGCAAGCUCAUGAGAUUGAGCAGUUAGUUGGUGUGGACAAGAAUUGCUCCUACUUUGAGGUGUCUGCCAAGAAGAACUCAAAGUUGGAUGAGAUGUUCCGGGAGCUCUUCACCUUGGCCAAAUUACCUAGUGAAAUGAGCCCUGACCUUCACCGCAAGGUCUCUGUACAGUACUGUGAGAUUUUACACAAGAAAUCCUUAAAAGGAAAGAAAGUCAAAGAGAAUGAAGACGCCUAUGGUAUUGUGGCCCCUUUUGCCCGGAGACCAAGCAUUCACAGUGACUUGAUGUAUAUCAGAGAAAAGGCUAUCGGAGGUGGCCAGAGUAAGGAUAAGGAGCGAUGUGUCAUAAGCUAGUCUCCAGUUUUAAAUUGCCCAGAAUAAAGGCGUUUAUAAAUAUAUACAUAGAGAAACAGAAAACAUCAGGGCGUCUUGACAAAUCGAAGCCAAAGGGCAUGUCCGAGAGGGGUAACAAUUGCCCCCAUGCCUUUUGAUGGCUAGUCGGCCGCCAAGGCUACCGUGGACAGGAGAACCUAGCCUUGUAAAAGUUGAUUUUGGACAGUGUGAGAUCCGAUCUGUCUAAAGUUCGUACGAAGUGAAGCUAGAGGAGUGUAGUGUAUACCGACUUCACCAGAGGAAGUUGAAUGAUUGGAAGACACUUCGCUUUCUAAGGGACUAAAAUCUUGACUGAACGAUAUGAGAGAAAUGGCAACUGUGCCAUUAAACAGUUUGAGCAUUAUAAAGUGACUUAUUUACACCACAUUGGAGUAUUGUGACUGGAUAUGAACAAACUCACAUGUUUUACAUUGUGCUAUUUUGAAGUGUUAUUUUUCUAUGUGAAAAUAAAGCUUGAAAACUCUAA